UUCUAUUUUCAAGCGAACCCUCACCUAUAUGUUCAUGAUUUAUCCUUUGAACUUUGUGAAUCUGGUGAUACACCGAAAGAGAGAGCAUCGUUUUGGAUUUGUUUUUUCUUCUAGUUGUUUCUGUCAUGUCGGACUUUUCGCGAACUGUUUCAUUUCCUAGAUUCAGUAACUUACGCCAAUGGCAGAGGGAAGAAAGGCGAAGAGCUCGUCCAGAAAAGAUAAAAUUUGGAGUUUUUGAGAGUAUUUGAGAUCCCAGGAGAUCAAAAAUACAAGUUGGGAAGCAAUGGAACCAUCCAAGAAAAUUAUCAAGACAGAUCUAUAUACCCAUCAAAAACAAGGGUUAGGUUGGUUACAUCAUAGAGAGAAUUCAGAAGAAUUGCAGCCUUUCUGGGUAGAAGAAGAGAUUAAUGAACAGGGAAUAAUUUUGUACAGGGAUUUGUUGGAUAACACAAAAACGCAAAUUAGACCAACAUUGAAAGGUGGGGUUUUUGCAGAUGACAUGGGUCUUGGUAAGACUUUAACAUUAUUAUCUCUUAUAGCUACUGAUUAUACUUCUUAUACAAAAUGUAAUUUAUCUCCAUCACUGGCUAACACAAGUAAUAGAGUUGUAAAUAAUGAAAAUCUGGAAGUAGAAGAGAGUGAUGAGCUAAGAUCAUGUCUCUUUGUGGGCGGAAAGAGGUCUAUUGAAGGAGAACAAAGUAAUGAAACACAUAAGAAACCUAGAAUAGCUGCCGAGUCUUCUGAAACCUUAGGCAAAAAUUGUCUUAGCAAUUUAGGGAAUUCUAAGAGAACAACAUUGGUUGUUUGUCCUCCGGCCGUUCUUUCAACAUGGAUGAGACAGUUGGAUGAGCACACAGAACCUGGUGCAUUGAAAUUGUUUGUCUACAAUCGAACACCGUAUGGUAGUGAUAAUAAUCAUAAGGUUGAAGAACUUCACAAGUAUGAUGUCGUUUUGACCACUUACGAUACCGUGGUAGCUGAGAAGUGUUAUUUAGAUUCAGCUCUGAUAUAUAUGAAUUGGUUUAGAGUUAUUUUGGAUGAUGCACAUGUACUUAGAAGAUGGAAUUUCAAGGAUCAAAAGCUUCUUAGUUUAAGAGCUAAGUGUAGGUGGGUGGUUAUGGGUAUGCCCAUCGUCAGCAGCUCAAUUGAUUUGCAUUUCGCCAUGGCCUUUCUGGGGUUCUAUCCAUUUUCAGUCAAGUACCAUUGGCAAAGUCUGGUGCAAAACCCUUUGAGUAGAGGAAAGAUUGGGCUCUCACAUCUACAGGACUUGGUGACAAACAUUUCGUUGAGAAGAUUGAAAGCUGACUGUCUGGUCAAAUUGCCUCCGAAAGCUGUUGAGACUGUUUUUCUGGAGCUUUCUGAUGAAGAACGAGUGAAGUAUGACCAAAAGGAAUUGGAUUCCAAGGAAGUGGUUCAAACUUACAUCCGUCAUGGCCGUGCUGUUGCCCAGUAUUCAAGUAUACUCGCCACUGUACAAAGGCUUCGCGAACUGUGUAAUGGUGUAGCCUCGUGCACUUCAGAACUGCCAAUGUCCGUCAACAUUGAAGAUGUAUCCAAAAACCCAGAACUGCUAGAAAAGUUGUUCUGGAAACUACGAGAAGAUUACCUUGAUUGUCCAAUUUGCAUCUCUCCACUAUUGAAUAUUGUCAUUACAUGCUGUGGACACAUCUUUUGCAAAAAAUGUAUAUUGAAAGCCCUCGGCAUAAGAAUAAAUGUUGCCCCAUGUGCCGUCACCGUCUUUCUGAAUCAGACCUUUACUCUUCCCCAUCAGAAGUGCCUUUUACUAAUGAAGAUAAUGAAAAUACUAAUAUGGAUGUGUCUUUGCUCGGAGGAAGUGGGAGUAUUACGUGCUCCUCCAAAGUGCGUGCUUUGCUGAACCUCCUGGUUGCAACUAGCAAUGAGAAUCCUUCAGCAAAGUCUGUGGUAUUCUCACAAUUUAGAAAAAUGCUGCUCUUACUCGUAGAGCCACUUAGGUCUGCUGGUUUUGGGGUAUUGAGAUUGGAUAGCACGACAACUGUGAAGAGAAGGGACAAUGUGAUUAAAAAUUCACAAACCAAGAUUCAAAUUCACCUACUGUGCUUCUGGUAGAAUUUAAAUCUUCGGAAACCGGGAUAGACUUGUCAGUUGCAUCCAGGGCGUACUUGUUGGAGCCAUGGCUGAACCCUGCAGUUGAAGAACAAGCUAUGGACCGGCUUCAUCGGAUUGGACAAGAAGACAUGAAGAUUGUAAAACUGAUAACUAGAAAUACCAUUGAAGAGAGGAUAUUGCAGCUGCACAAGUGGAAGAAGAAUUUAGAAAUCGAGAGGGGUUCAACAAAUAAUACACUGAAUCAGAAGCAAAUACAUAAUGAAGAAUUCCGGAUCAUUAUGGGACUCUGACAACAAUGUAUUCUGAGAGCUUACUUGGUUUUUAUUGGUCUGUAGUAAAGUGCUUACCUCGAAUGUUUUCUUUUUCUUUUUUGCAACUUAUAUUUGAAUUGAUUCUUGAA